AUGAAGUCUGCAUUGUGUUUGUGUUUGUUGCUUCUUGGACUUCAAGUCCAGGGUCAACAUAGGUCCAACCUCCAUCAUGAACAGCAGGAACAAAAAAUACCCCAUUCCCCAGAAGACCAUUCCCAGGCUGAAGAUGAAAACUUGGCUCAUGUCAAGAUAGCCUCCAGCAACACUGACUUUGCAUUUAGGUUUUACAAGCAGGUCAGAAAGGAAGCAAGCAACAAGAACAUUUUCUUCUCUCCUUUGAGCAUCUCCACUGCCUUUGCAAUGCUCUCCCUGGGGGCCAGAUCAAACACGCUUGGUCAGCUGCACAAAGGCCUUGCCUUCAACCUGACAGAGAUAGAGGAGCAGGACAUCCAUGAGGGAUUUCAGCGCAUCCUCCAGCUGCUGAACGACCCUCACCGAGAAGUUCAGUUGAGCAUGGGCAAUGCGCUGUUCAUAGACAAUCGAAUGAAACUGCUCCAAAAAUUUUUGGAUGAUGUCACAAACUUUUAUUAUUCUGAAGCUAUUUCUAGUAACUUCCAGAAUUCUUCAGAGGCUAUAAAGGAAAUCAAUAACUACAUAGAUACAAAAACCCAUGGGAAAAUUGUUCCUUUACUCAAGAAACUUUCUUCAGACACCAAGAUGAUUCUGGUUAACUACAUUUUCUUUAAAGGCUACUGGGAAAAACCUUUCAAAAAUUUGAACACCAGAGAUGAUGACUUCUUUUUGGAUGCCAAGAAUUCGGUUAAGGUCAAAAUGAUGCAUCAAAAGGAUGUCUUUAAUAUCCAUAGGGAUGAGAAGUUGUCUUGCUGGAUAGUAGAAAUCCCAUACAAAGGAAAUGCUGCUGCAUUGUUUGUUCUGCCUGAUGAAGGGAUGAUGAAGCAGGUGGAGGAUGCUCUGCUAAAAGAAACAGUGUUUAACUGGAUGCAAUCACUUGAAGGAAGAAACAUCUACCUGGAUCUUCCAAAAUUCUCCAUGUCUGGCUCCUAUGAUGUUAAGGGCCUGUUUCAGAAAAUGGGUGUGACAGAGGCGUUCAGUAACCAGGCUGAUUUCUCUGGAGUGGUAGAAAAAAAACCUCUGAGCGUUUCCAAAGCGAUUCACAAGGCCGUGGUGGAUGUCAGUGAAAACGGCACAGAAGCUGCUGCAGUGACCAUGAUAGAACUGACACUAUUGUCUGCAAGGUUUCCUCCUCCUCCUCACAUCAGAUUCAACAGGCCCUUCCUGAUGAUGAUUGUUGACAAAACCAGCCAUGGCAUCCUCUUCAUGGGGAAAAUUGUGAACCCAGCUGCUAAGGAAGACUAG